AUGGAGAGCCUAAAAUGGGUCCUCUCAAUGCAGGAGGCCUCGCCCCAGGUCCAAGAGCUGCUGCAGUGCCUUGAGGACCCAACCUUUGACCUGGACGUGUACAUAUGCUCCGUCGGAGGCGUCGGCAGCACCGAGCUCGGCAACUUUCUGACGCGCAGCGGCGUGCGCUGCAACCUGUUGACUGACCAGGACAGCUUCCGCCACAUCAACAGCCCUCCGCCCCGGCUGGGCGCCCCUGGCACGCGCUGCGUGUACCUCUUUGGCGACCCGCUGGCCUCGGUGGCCUCCCACUACCGCCGCGGCCACGCACACCACCAAGCCUUGAAGACCAGCGGCGACCCGCGGCUGAGCCAGGAGGGGUUUCCUAACAGUUUUGACGAGUACGUUUCCAGGGGGGAGGACCUGUUUGGUUACGAGCGCCAUCUGGACAACUGGCUGAGCCGCCCCACCAGCUACAACAUACUUUUCGUCAGGUACGAGCGGAUGUUCGACCGGCCCGUCGCCGCGGCGCUUCUGCGCCACGCGUGUGGGCGUGUGGUGCCGGAGGAACGGCUGCGCGGGCUGGUCGACGCUUGGUGCGCAUCAAAGCGGGAGCGGCUCAGCCGGGUGGCGGAUUCGCAGCGGCGCGCCAUGUACGUCGAGCUGCAGCGCCGGAUGGACGGCCUGCCCGCCGCGUUUGUGAGGAGGGCGGCGAGCGGCAUCGAGGUGUGCAACGGCGUGGCGACUGGGGGCGGCUGA